AACAACACAUAUACCAUCACAAUUUACAACCUUCUAUUUUUCCAUAACUUGCUUCUUCUUCUCUGCCUACUAAAUUAUCCACAAUGGUCCAAUCUCAACUAUUUAGCAGCGGAAUAGAGCUUGCACCUUUUGUGACAAAUUCUAAUCUUCUUCGAAGAACAUGGAAAGUUAUCACAUCUCAUCACGAAGAUGUUGUUUGUAAUGUUGGUGUGGGACUAUCAUGGAAAAUUUAUAAAGAACCAAAUAGUGAUGUUACAAUUAUAGCAUUUGAGGCUAUCCCAUCAAAUUCUCUCAAUCUUCAAGAUGAAUUGGUUUCAUCUACUAAACUCAAGGAGAAAAAUUUCCUACAUUUUGAGUUUUUGUGUACCAAAAAAAUUCCAUUUUUUUCUCUUAACAAUAUUGUAGUUUCACUAUUUUGUGAAAAUUAUCAAAAGCUUGAUCAAUUGAAGUCUGAGAUUAAUAGCUGCCCUAAAUUGAUAAUUACUGGACAUGCUCUUGGAGGAUCAAUUGCUUCUCUCUUCACUUUAUUACUAUUAGAUACCAUUGACUCAAAAAAGAAAAAACCACUUUGCAUCACUUUUGGUUCUCCACUAAUUGGUGACAAAAGGUUACAAGAAGCAAUAUCACAUAGUUCUACAUGGAAUUCUUGUUUUCUAAAUGUUGUCUCUUGCAAUGAUCCACUUCCAAGGAAGUUCAUCAAAGAUCCUCACACUAGUAGUUCUUACAUGCCCUUUGGAACAUUUCUUAUGUGUUAUGAUACAUACUCUACUUGCUUUGAGAAUCAUGAUUCCAUUUUGGCACUUCUUGAGAAUUCAAUUCAUGACCAAAAUCAAGUGUUUCAUUCAAUAGAGUAUGGAAAUAUUGUUGAAAGUCUCUAUCACAAAUCAAUUUGUAAGGACAUCGUCACAACACAAGCUCAAGACAUGAAUUUUUCUAAUUCACUGCAUGCAAGUAUUUGCUUUCAGUUGGGUGCACUAGGAUUGACACCAUAUAUUCAGCAGCAAAUAGACAUUGAUAUCAUUAAUUUGAUGAGAAAGAUUGAGACCUUAGAGAAAAAAAUCAUUAUCCAAAAGAGGGGAAAAUUUGAUCAAUCUAGGAAAUUGAAUUUAGUGAAGAUAGACAUGGCUCAACUUGAAUGGUACAAGAAAAACUCUAAAAAUAGAAACAUAGGAUACUAUGAUAGCUACAAGAAAAUGUACUUAACAAGUGACCAUAAUGUUGUUCAAUUCCAAAAAAAUCUCACAAACUAUUGGAAAAAAAUGGUUGAAGAAUCAUCAUUGAAGCCUCAGCAAGAAGACAUGUCUCUUCGUAUUCGCUGGCUCUACGGCGGAACUACUUAUAGGAGAAUGGUUGAACCAUUAGAUAUUGCUCAAUACUAUGUCAAUGGUGGUAAAGACUAUGUGACUAAAGCAAGAUCUAGACACUACAAACAAUUAGAGGAUUGGCUUAUAGAAGAAGCAACAACAACAAAAAGUGGAUCAAACAAAGUAACUAGAGAAAAUGUGGAAUCAAUUUUAACUCUAGAUUCUUGCUUUUGGGCACAUGUUGAAGAGGCUCUUAUUUCAUGCAAACAAUUGAAAGGUGUAAAAUUUAGUGUCAUAGAAAAGGAAGAUGCAAAAAGAAAAUUGGUUGAAUUUGAGAAUUAUGUUUACGGAUUGCUCAUGGAAUAUGCAGUGUCACCAGAGAUUUUUCUUAGUGAGAGUAGCUAUAUGGAAUGGUGGAAUGACUAUAAGGAAAUUAAGGGAACUUCAUAUAGUUCAUCACUCACACGUUUUAUGAGCAAUGCUUAUAAUUAUAAUGUGCAAUAUGUUAAAGGAACUUAUAAUUUUGGUUGAAAAAUUGUAACCAUCCUUGUGAUUUAGCAAUGUACAAUGAAGUGGGACUUCUUUCACCUCACCACACACUUUUAAAGUUUUUGUGUCUUUACCUUUGUUGAUUUUGGGUUGAGAUCUUAUAAUUCUCAUUUGUGUAGUGAUAUUGAUAGUUGUUGCAA